AUGAACGAUUCAGUGCUGAGAAACGUAUAUGACAAAUCAGACAAGUUCAGCGUACUUCCUUUAGAAUUGCUUUACAAACCGUUGUUAAAUGGACCUGUGCAUUUAAUGCAACAAUUACUGUCCAGAAGAGGAGCAGCUCAAUCAGAAAUAAACAAUGAUGAUUCUUACGAUCCUUACGCUGAUCGCGCGCCUGUAAAACCAAUCUCCGACGUCAAAUCUCUGAUGAAUUUAGUGAAAAGCGUAGUUGGAACAGGACUGUUCGCGCUACCAAACGCGUACGCCGGUGUUGGUUUGAUCGUAGGAGUAAUCGGCACGAUUUUAAUGGGAUUGUUAAUUACCGUAUCGCUGCACAUUUUACUCAGGAUUCAUCAUAGAAUGUGCGUUCGAACGGAGAAGCCAGUUUUAAAUUACGACGAGGUUGUUGUCGCUAGUUUGGCAGCGAAGAGCGGAAAACCAUGGUUGUCUGCGCCAGUUGCCACAUAUUUCAUCGACAUAGCGAUCCUAGUGUGUUACAUAGGAGUGGGUGCAGUGUGCGUUGUGUUUGUAAGCGGAACCAUACAGGAAUCUUUCGACGCAAAUAGAACAAUCGAUCAAGGAUACUACGCUUUGAUGUUGUUCCCAUUGUUCUUUCUAAUAAAUAUGGUGAAAUAUUUAAGCGAUAUCGCAAUUGUUUCCAUUAUUGGAAACGUGUUGCUCUUUUGUAGCGCAUUGAUAGGUGUAGUGCUCGCGUUGAAUGAUGGAAUUGGCGAUAAAUGGAUUCUCAUAGGUCCAGCAGCAAGUCUGUACCCGAAAUUCAUUGGAACAGCUUUCUUCAGCUUAAGUUCUCCCGGUAUAGCGUUAGCUGUAGAACACGACAUGAAAACGCCCUGGAAUUACACGAAAUCGUACGGAGUACUAAACCAAGGCAUGUUAUACAUCACUCUUCUGCACACUUUCGUCGGUGCUGUUGGUUACUUGAAAUGGGGCUCUAACGCUUUCGGCAAUUUCAUACGGAACCAUCCAGAACACGACUCGGCAACAUUAGCAGCGUUAAUAAUGCAAGCUCUAUCGAUCUAUUUCACGUAUGGGCUUCAAUGCUACUUGCCAAUAAUUCUCAUAGUCAACGGAUACGUUGCACCAGCAAUUGAACAAGAAACUUUCGCAGGAACUCUGUAUCAAUGGGAUUUGAUCGUCCGUUUAGCCAUCACUUCUCUCACAUGUGCGUUGGCUGCAAUAGUUCCUAAAGUUGAUUUAUUCAUUAGUCUAGUUGGAUCUAUCUGCAUAUCGCUUUUAACAACCAUUAUUCCAGUCACCUUGUACAUUUUACUGCAUUAUGGAAAUUACGGGAGGUUGAAGUGGAAAUUAAUUCUGGGCAUGUUCCUGUUGAUCCUUGGGUCUAUUAUUACAAUAUGUGCCAUCGUUGUCAACAUAAUCUUGAUUAUUGACUUUUUCAGACAUAGGUAUUCUAUCAAAUAUAACACGUGGAAUGUCUCUUUGGGAAAAAUUCAUUGA